UCUUCCGUCGCAGUGAGCGGAGGAGUAGACUUGGCUAGAGUGCACGGUGGCCACGAGGACAAAGUCCACCCAGUGCUGCACUUUGGCAUCGCAACCUUCCUUGCCGGCAACAUCACAGAAACAUGGCAGCGAAUACGGGAAAGCUUCUUGGACGCACGGUUUUUAUCACUGGUGCCAGUCGAGGCAUUGGCAAGGCUAUAGCGCUGAAAUUAGCCAAGGAUGGUGCUAACAUUAUCAUUGCUGCAAAGACAGCAGAACCCCACCCUAAACUUCCAGGCACUAUAUACACUGCUGCCAAAGAAGUGGAGGAAGCUGGUGGUAAGGCACUGCCUUGUGUGGUGGAUAUUCGCAAUGAAGAUGAGGUCAGAAAAGCUGUGUCACAAGCAGUAGCAAAGUUUGGUGGCAUUGACAUCCUCAUCAACAAUGCCAGUGCUAUUAGCCUGACAGGCACCCUGCAGACACCAAUGAAACGAUACGACCUGAUGAACGGCAUUAAUGCCAGAGGCACAUAUUUGUGCUCCCAGGUCUGCCUUCCGUAUCUACAGAAGGGAACUAACCCUCACAUUCUCAACAUAAGCCCUCCUCUCAACAUGUCACCAAAAUGGUUUAAAGGUCAUGUAGCAUAUACAAUGGCGAAAUAUGGAAUGUCCAUGUGUGCCCUUGGAAUGGCAGAAGAGUUUCGUGAGGAUGGCAUUGCUAUCAAUACGCUGUGGCCCAGAACAGCUAUCUACACAGCUGCCAUGGAGAUGCUAGGAGGAGGAUCAGAAGUUGCUAAGCAGUGUAGAAAGCCCGAGAUUAUGGCUGAUUCUGCAUAUGUUAUCUUGACUAAGGAUUCAAAGUCAUUCACUGGAAAUUUCUGCAUUGAUGAUGAGAUUUUACUUCAGCAUGGCGUGACAGAUAUUAGCACCUACGACUGUGUGCCUGGGAGCAAAUUGCUGCCAGAUUUUUUCCUUGAUGUGGGACCUGACGAUCUUGCCAACCAGAUGAGCUCUCAAGGAGCCACACCUGCGUUCUACAAGUCUGCACCAGGAGGAAAGGCAUCAACAGCAACACCUCCACCCGCAGAUGGCCCACAGAAAACUUUCCAGGCGCUGAAGCUUCUUCUUUCUGAAGACCUUGUUCAGAAAAUCAAUGGGGUUUUCCAGUUUGAAUUGUCAGGGUCACAGCCUGGGACCUGGCAUUUAGACCUAAAGAAUGGUGCUGGUUCUGCUGGAAGUGGUGAGUCACCUAAGGGUGCUGACUGCACCCUAAUAAUGGACAGUGCCCUUUUCACAGAUAUGUUUGCUGGAAAGACCAGUGCGACAUCUGCCUUUAUGGCAGGAAAAUUAAAGAUCCAGGGCAACUUAGCCCUCGCCAUGAAGCUGGAGAAACUGAUGCAGCAGAUGCAAAAAGCUAAAUUGUAGAAAGAUGUGCAGAAACAUGAACAGUUGGUCAUGGACAAGUUUGUUAUUAAGGGACUUACAGCUGUGAAUUUAAUUUUUUAAAUAUAAUUUUGUUUAAUCUCAUGAGGUGGAGAAGACAUAUUGAUCAUGGUUGUUUCCCAAGUGUGCGUAAAGUGCAUAUUUAUACAUUCAUAAAUGCAAUAUUGAGGAUAAUCUGCAGUGGAGAUUAAAACAGAUCACCCUAUAUUGCCAUUUAAAAUUAUACAUAUCCUGUGAGUGUAUGGAAGAUAAUUAGAAUGAAAGUUAAGGUAUAGUUUAAAAUAACACGAUUUAAGGUGAUUGAUUAUUAUUAGUUGUGCAUCAUCUGUAAAGUAAUGUUCAAGAUUUUCAAAACCUCACAAGUUACAUUCACAUGAUGACAAGGAAGAAUGAAUUUUCGUCACAAUCAAAGUGGAAUCAAAACAGUCCAUGACAAGGUUUUUUUUUCAAAGUCCUCAGUACAUAUCUGUUAUAAAAUAGAAAAGAAAAAUGAGUGUGCUUUUUUUCCUUCAGUGUUCUUUCUCUCUCAUUCUCUAGCUCUGUUCUCUUCUCAUGGGAACAUUCUGCCAUGUGGUGAUAUUUUUACAAACUGCAGGGAGAUAGUGGUGAAUAUUGACUUCAAAUAAUAGAGAUGGAAAUAGGUGUGUCUGAAGGUUCGGGGUGUCGGUGGGAGGGAGCAAAUGGGCAUCGUCAGAUAUGGUUUUUGACCGAAAUGGCCAGUCUCAGUUCAUUAUCUCACCACCUGCGCACAUUACUCGAUUGUGCUUCAUGAACAAUCUGUUGCUGAAGUCAUGUGUUUAUUAAAAAUAUAUUGUGACAGAC